AUGGAGAAUUUAAUAAAAUGUCGGCUAUGUAUGGAUGUUCUGAAAGGGCCUAAACAGCUACCAUGCUUUCAUUCCUUCUGCUCUUUGUGUCUAAGCGACUACGAAUCCAAAUUCACUGUAGAUGAAGGUUUCUAUUGUCCAAUUUGUGGGGAAAAAUUUUUGCCAGACAAUAAAGCCGCUUGCAAUGAAACUAAAUUCCUCUCUCGUAUGGUCAAAACUGAUACCAGAGCAGAAAAAUCAUUCUGUUCCGUGCAUCCAAAUGUUGAAAUAAAUUUUUUCUGUGUAGAUUGUGAAAGUAUGGGAUGCCCGGUCUGUUCGACUGGCUAUCACGACAAACACAAUUGCAUCGACCUCCAAGAAAUGGCUGCCGUUGUUAAAGAAGAAAUGAGGUCUAUGUCACGGGACAUUCACAGAAAAACAACACAACUUGAAAAUGAAAUUGAAGCUGAACUCAAAACAAAAAAAGAAGUUUUAGAUGAGUUGGAUCUAACUUCAAAAGAAAUAAAAGAGAAGGCAGAAUAUUUGGAGGCAGUGAUCAAAAGGCAGGCUGCAGAUUUGCUGAAGCAAGUGAGCCAGGUGAAAAGCAAGUGCAUGAAGGACAUGGAAAACUUUAAAAUGAAUAACAAAAAAUCAAUUGAUGAUGAUCUAGAGUACUUUAAUUCAUACGUGAAAGCCAUGUUAGAGCAUGCUACUGAGGAGGAGUUGAUAGAUUCAGUGAGGAAUGUCAAGAGACGUACAGAGCACAUUAAAAUGUUUUCACUGCACGGUAAGGAGAGAGAAACGACCUCUGCUCAGUUCAUUCCUUCCAAUCUACAUAUCGACACUCUCUCCUUACUUGGACACAUUGAACUUCAGAAAAAGAUCAAAGAGUUCAAAAAACCAAAUUCAAAUUUAGAAACUUUAAAUACUGCUUCUACCAUUGAAAAAGUGCCAGGUUGUGAAGAUGUUGAUGGCAGAAAUGUGGAAGAAAGUUUAAGAAACGUUCCAAAAGUGGUGUGGAAGAAAUGUAAGGAGACGUCGUGUGGAGUAGCUGCCAUUGCUGUUGGCAGAGGAGAAUUUUUUGUGGCUGUAGAAAAUUCCGGAGAUAUUCUAAGAUUCGACCUGACAACCUUAAAAGAGAAGCCAGCGUCAGAAAGAAUUCACUUACCCGAUCUUGACACACCUUGGGAUAUGACCACCAUCAUCAGUGACGAACUCUCCCACACCUAUGUCUUCAUUCUGGAUAAUUUACAUGGAAAGAUACACCAGAUUAACGUGCCAUUUAAUCCUAGCAUAGGACCUCCAAAAUUCAUCAUGAAAUCCUGGCUAGUCCCACUGAAUGAAACUCUCUCCCUCUCCUCAAACCAGGAUCGACUUCUAAUUGCAGGCGUCACCAACAAAAUCCUUGAAUACUCCCUAUCAUCUCUACUCAUAAUAUCAUCUUCAUCAUCUUCAUCAUUAACUGGAUUGACCUUUCCAGAGCCGACGACCUCAUUUUCGGUCAUUCCACCCAUCCGAGAUAUUCUACACGCGAGUAGAUUGGACGACAGCCAUUUUGUCACCCUCUUCGAUCACUUGUACGAGCUCUGUGGAGUUUUUUUGGUUAAUGAGUGGGGGAAGAUGGUGAAAAGUUUUGGGGAGGGGAGGGGUAGCGUAGCACAUCUCCAAGUGGAUUACCCCGUGCAUGCUGCUCUGGAUAGAAAGGAACCGACUGAUUCUGAUCACCACAGUCAUCCCAGUACCUCACGCCCCUACAACGACUCCUGCUUCAUCUUCGUCUGUGACGCCAACAACGGCCGAAUCUCCUUGUUUGACGGGGAUUUGACUUUUCUAACAAUCCUGGACGACAACAUCAUGGACGCUUGGAGGCUAGCCAUUGACCCGCUGAACAAACUCCUCUUUGUGGCUACUCUCAACAAUGCUUUCUACGUCAUUAAGUAUCAGUGA